GUGAUGGCUGUUGCGUAAGUCGAUUCCACGUCACGACCGACCACGACCCCGAAAUAGUACACAGCGCAUUGACAACUGGGCCUUUCAACAGCUCCUUCCUCGCUGGUGCCCUGCCUCUAUCUAUGACCUUGUCUCAAUCGCAACUGCGCCUCAUUUCCAGUGUCGGCAUUGGCGUGCUUGUAGGAACGGCUCUGAUUGUUAUUAUACCGGAAGGGAUCGAGGCCAUCACCAGUGCGAACAUGGCUGCGCACACCCGCAACGCUAGAGACGAAGCGCCAACAGGGUCUGAGCACGCGCAUGCUGAGCCGGAAGUUCCAACGUUCUGGGUCGGCUUGUCACUCAUCCUGGGCUUCAUCCUCAUGUUUCUCAUCGACCGUCUACCCCAGAUCGCCUCCCAGAAUUUCCAGCCUGCGCCGCAACCACGGCAGAUCAGUCUGAGCAACCUCGGCGGCUCAGCGGCCGAUGAAGAGGAGGCUGAAGGAUUCUUGGGUUCUCUGACGCCAAGCCCCAAGCAAUCGCGUAGCCUAGCUACCACGACCGGUCUAGUGAUCCACGCCGCGGCAGACGGUAUCGCUCUCGGCGCAUCGACCUCGUCCUCAGACAUGAAAUUGGGCUUCAUCGUGUUCUUGGCCCUUAUGAUCCAUAAGGCCCCCGCAGCCUUUGGACUGACCACACUGCUGCUCAAGCAAGGACUUUCGAAGCGUGCGGCUCGUGGCCACCUGAUUGUCUUUAGUCUGUCAUCCCCAGUUGGCGCAUGGGCUACGUAUCUUCUCGUCACGCUGCUUGGGGGAACCGGCGAGAGCCCCCUCAGUCACUGGUGGACUGGGAUGCUACUACUGUUUUCUGGCGGCACGUUUCUAUAUGUCGCUAUGCACGCCAUGCAGGAGGGUGAGGUAUCGGCUAGUCACCACGAGCAGGCAGCCAACGGCUAUGCAGAUAGCAUGGGCGGAGCCCAGCAGAAACAGCCCUCGACGCAGGUCCGGGACACGCUCGCGACCAUUGGCGGCAUGUUGCUCCCUUUGCUCACCCAAUUUGGGCACCACGAGCACUGAUAGUCGAUCUGUCCUGCCUGAAGGCUGGCCGUAACGCGAUUGGUUUGAGCAAGCACGUUAUAGAGAAAACAAACGAUUAUAGACAUGAUA